AUGGCCCCGACACCCGGCACGGGGCUGGGAGUGCGGGAGGGCACGGGGGCUGGGGAGAACAACGGGCUGCGGGAGGGCACGGGGGGCUGGAGAGAACAACGGGCUGCGGGAGGGCACGGGGGGCUGCGGGAGGGCACAGGGGGCUGCGGGAGGGCGGAGGGGGCUGGAGGAUGGCAGAGGGGGCUGCGGGAUGGCACGGGGGGCUGUGAGAGGGCAGAGAGGGCUGUGGGAGGGCAGAGCGGGCUGGAGGAUGGCAUAGGGGGCUGCGGGAGGGCAGAGGGGGCUGGAGGAUGGCACAGGGGGCUGCGGGAGGGCAGAGCGGGCUGCGGGAGGGCAGAGGGGCUGGAGGAUGGCAUAGGGGGCUGUGGGAGGGCAGAGGGGCUGGAGGAUGGCAUAGGGGGCUGUGGGAGGGCAUAG